AUGGAUGGCAAGCAGUCGUCGAAAGAAAUUGACGUCAGCCACUUUUUUCUGGAACAUUCUUCUGCAUUACAAGGACGAGGUUGUGUGGAUGUAGCCAGUUGCCGCAUAAGUCUAAAAAGGCAAGAAAAAAAUUUGUUCUCUGUAGGAAUGAUCCAACGUUUGAGAAAUGGAAAGUUAAUUGAAAUAUUUGUUGUUAGUUCGCACGUAGAGGCAAUGAAAACAUUGUCCAGCAUGAUUCCAUUGAAUUUCAGGCAGUCGAUUCUAAAACUCGAAUCCGCAUUCACAUUUGGCGCUUCACUAGGCAAUUAA